GUUUUUUGACUUAUAGCCUGUCAUCGGUGACUUUGAAUUAACGCUGCACAUCUUUUACUGCCUGGAAUCUGGGCUUAAAGAAAAUUGGAAAAAGAAUGGAGUUCAGAAGUCGGAUGUGUCUAGGGCACUCUUUUUCCUAAUUUCACCUGUGCGUAGUGCGACAGAAGAUAAAGAGAAAAGUGACAGGGGAGUUGUUCGAAGAAAGUGAGAAUUGAUUGGAAGUUGGAUUUUGCAUCAGAAAAGUGACGGAGCCAUUCAAACGAGGUUAACUUGCAGGUGACGGUUGGCCUUGGGCAGAGCCAAAGCACGAGGGGGAAGGGUAUGACUGAGUAUGGAACACAGUGUUUGUUUGACCGCUUCAAGCUCGGGCAGCGGGCUGUGCGAAUUCCCCGCAAGGAAAGGAGUUUGAAGGGCAGGAGGAGUCAUGAGUAAUGGUGUCCAGGUUAGGUUAAAUAAAUUGUGAUAGGAAAGGCAAAGCCAGCACAGAGUCACGUAUUCCCAAAGCGGAAAAUUGCUGCCUCGUGGCCGACAAAGACACGAUGCCUUUCCUCUCCUCUCCUCUGCUUUGACUUAUACAGCUAGUGAUAAUGAACGGCUAUCCAAACGGGACAAGUCUGGAAAGUCAUUAGUUUCAACUGGCAAAUGCCAAUUCUGAGGCCUAACCAUGGUUAAAUGUGAGAUUUGUUUAACGCAAACGGACGACAGCGGGCCCUGCGGGCCCCGGCCCCGGGUCAUCGGGGAUUCUCCACUUGCUCAUAUGCCACAACGCGCCUAGACAGACAAAGAAAGAAAAAAACCCUAAUCGACGACUAACUAAAAGAGCGGAAGCUUCGGGUUUGGUAAACCGACGGUCACAUGGGGAGGGUAAUAGUGGCACUAUAUCACAGGCGGUUCGGGCUCGCUUUGCCCCAUUUUAGUUCACUGUACGACCGUCGCAUGUAGUCGUCUCCCGUCUCGCUUACAGCAGAUUGGAAUAAGCAGCCAUAUUCUCCCAAAAUUUCAGAGAGAUCCUUCCAAAUUCCUCAUUGAGUCUUCCUGUAUCGAAUUUCUGAUUUCCGUGCCUUUUUCCUGAUAUGGAAGCUCUCUGACAACUCCUAAAUCCAUCAAAAAACUGGUGUUUGAGAAUUGGGUCUUUUGUGAAGUGGGUGUGUUGAGUAUUAGAAUCAGUCCUGGCAACGGCGAAGUGGUGGGCGGGGAAUGUGUCGAUGGCGGGGAUGGAUCCAGGCGCAUACGCAACAAAUCAGCAGCUAACGGGGGGUUCUCUUCAGCUUCACCAGAUGACCCACCCAAUGGAGCACCGGUUGCAGUCAGAAGACGAGAACAGUGGGAGCAGCGGAGGAGGGGGGAAUAGGGGGCAGAAGAGGGGUAGGGAUGAGAUGAACAGCAGUAUGAGCAACAGCAACAAUGCGAAGGGCGAACAGGGUCUGGCGAUGCAGGAAAUGGGGGAAGGCGGGCGGCGGGCGAGAGGGCGGCCGCCAGGGUCGAAGAACAAGCCGAAGCCGCCCAUCGUGAUAACGCAGGACAGUCCGAACGCGUUGCGGCCUCACGUGCUGGAGAUCGCAAGUGGGUGCGACGUGGGGGAGAGCGUGGCGAGUUACGCGCGACGGAGGCAGCGCGGGGUGUGCAUUCUGAGCGGCACAGGCACGGUCACCAACGUGACGCUCCGUCAGCCGGGGGCACCCGGUGCAGUCGUGACACUCCACGGGCGCUUCGAGAUUCUGUCGCUGUCAGGGACCUUCAUGCCGCCUCCUGCACCGCCGGGAGUAACGGGCUUGACAAUUUACCUGGCUGGGAACCAAGGGCAGGUCGUUGGAGGGAACGUGGUGGGUGCCCUCCUGGCUUCUGGCCCAGUGCUCCUCAUUGCGGCAUCAUUCAUGAAUGCUACUUAUGAGAGGCUACCUUUGGAUGAUCAGGAACAGAAUCAGCAGGGACGGCCGGUUUCACAGCAGCUUCAAUUGACGGAUCCGUCCAAUAUACCCAUACAUAACUUGCCGCCCAAUCUGCUUAAUGUUCAACUGCCGCCCGAUGCCUAUGCUUGGGCUGCCGCUAGGCCGCCGCCUUACUGACAGAAAUUUUUCAGCGCUGCAUUGGUAGGACCAGCAGCAGUUUAAUGGAGUUGCUUGCUCGAGCCCUAAAGUUUCUGCGUCAACGAGGUUAGCACUUCCCGAACAAAAAAUAUUGAAGAAUGAUGCUGUGAUUUUAUUUCUUUCUCUAAUGUUAUGACAAAACCAAACAAUAACACAGAGAUCCCCAAGAUGGAGGGAGGGUUUUGAUUUUCCACACAUUGGAAUUUAGAAAGGGUGGGAACUUGUAGUUGUGGGUGAUGAUCAAACAUCUAUGGGUCAUUUUGCUAAUAGGUGUCAACUCCGACUAUUUUCUCACAUCUGAAGAGCUUCAGAUAUUGCAGCUUUGUGCCCCAGAAAAAUGCCUACAUAUCUCAACUAACCAAAGAAAACUCAUAUGCACUUGCAGAUCAGACCGAAUGAUGGGAUUCAUAAUAAUCUCUGUCAUGUCUCAUGUUCAAUUGGACCGGCUACCGCUGCAAAUUUUUUUUUUUUUUUCGCGGAGCAGGCCGGAAUAGAUAAAGCUCUUCGGCUUACUAUGUUUGAAAAUCCUAGACAACGUUUUUGGACUUUCAAGCUUCCAAAAAUGGAGUAUCUGUAUUUAGGUCUGAGUGAGUGUGGAAACUGGGAGGAAUACGAGGGAAAACAGCAAUUGUUAUGACAAAUCAAAGGGACAAUGUACAGAAAUUGAAACUCCGAUAUUUUUACUGAUAUGAAUGUAAGCCAGUCUGACAUUUUUGUA